AUGUGGCCAGGUCUCCUCUUCUCCAUGGUAUGUCUCGCAGUGCUGGCUUCAAGUGCGGCGGAUUCCACCUCAUCUCCGGGAGUCCGCAAUUCGCUGGUGGAUACGUACCGCGAAAAGAUAGUCCAGUGUCUCAUUUUGGGCGAGUACACCAAAUCCGGGCGAUAUGUUUUUGAACCCCUAUACCAAUACCUGACCAUCGAGUAUUCAAUUCGGAAAGAUGCUGAUCGGGACAUCUGGAUCCUUUCGGGAAUCUCAGUCAAUAUAGCUCUGCGCAUGGGUUACCACCGGGAUCCAUCGCACUUGCCAGGAAUCUCCCCAUUUGCGGGAGAGAUGCGACGGCGGGCCUGGGCCACCAUUCUGCAGGGAGAUAUCCUGAUCUCCACCCAAAUGGGCAUGCCGCGCAUGAUCAAGGACUGGCAAUGUGACACCGUGGAGGCCCGUAACCUGAAUGACUCGGAUUUCGAUGAAGAUUGCCUUGAGCUUCCUCUGUCCAGGCCAGAGACGGAGAUUACUACAGUUUCGCACUUGGUUGCUCGGCGGCGGAUUUUUGCUGCCUUGGGUGCGAUCGUCGAUUUCACUGCAUCAGUGCGACCAGUGGCUUACGACGAGAUAAUGCGACUAGAUCGCAUUCUGCAUGACGCAGAGGCGAUGGUCCCUGCCUACCUCCGUAUGAAGGCCAUGGCUGCGGCCGUGACUGAUCCCCCGCAAGUGAUUAUGCACCGGCUCUUCCUCAGACUGAUGUUCCACAAGGGUCAGAUCAUGCUACACUGCAAGUAUUUAAGCCCGAACCAAGCCACAUCUUCUGAUGGCCACACAUCAUACAUCCACUCGCGGAGCUCUUGCAUAGAGGCAGCAUUGGGUAUUUUGGGAAUCCAGCGAAUCCUCGACGAGGAAACCGGCCCAGAUGGCCAGCUUUGUAUGAUACGAUGGCGAGCUUCCUCCUUCAUGAAGCAUGAGUUUUUGACAGCCACGAUGCUGCUGUGCUUCCUCGCGUGA